CAAAUGUUUCAUUCAUCACAGGGACCAUAUCCGCAGCAGCGAGUGUGGUGGUAGUGAGUGACACACCGUAGUCAAGACAAGCAGAGUGCAAGACCCAACACAACAAUGGUGAACUCUAUCUCCACCACCACCCCUUCAAACCUCUCUAUUAUGCUUCCACAUCUCAAUCCCCAAUUCAGACCAUCUUCUUUCUCUUCUUCUUCUUCUUCUUCUUCUUCUUCUUCGCUCUCAAUUUCAAUCUCUAUCUCUAAACCCCUUCGACUCGCUCUCUGCCGCGCCGCCAAGCAGCAGAGCGGCCCUGUUAAAAAACCCAAGAAGAAAAAGAAGGUCGGCGGCGGUGGUGGAAGUGAUGGUUCGAGCGUUUUGAGGUUGGAGGAUGUUGAAAUUGAGGACGAUGGAGAUGGGUUUGGUCCCGAUUCGAGAACGGAAGAGAUUGAGGGGUCUUCGCAACGCUACCAACCUCUUCCCCUUCCCAAUCCCCCUGCUGGCUUCAUCGUUGAUGACCAAGGAAAAGUUCUCAUGGUUUCCAACAAACGAAUUGCCAUCAUUGUUGAUCCUAUCAGUAAUUUCCCAUUAGAGUGCAUCAUUAGGAGAGUAUUUAGAAGUUCACGAGGGGAUGAGUGCAUGCUGCUCUGCCCUGUUGAUACGCCUGUUCAGAUUUUGAAGAGCACAAAUGUUGAGGGAUGGUCAGCUGUUAGUGAUGAAGAAGUUGAAGCUAUACUUCCUACUGCAGCGUAUGCACUUGCCAAGAUUCACAUGCAUCUGGUACAUAGCGGAUUUUGUUAUACAGCUCGGGGAGGAUUUUGCUACACAGAGGAUGACCUAUUUGAAUUUCGUACAGAUGAUGGUGAAGAUGUUGAUGGCUUGCCAACUGAAGGCAUAGAAAUUACAUGCUUCCAUUUGGAUGGAGGCCAUUACAUGAUUUACACACCAUCUGACCCACUUCUUUUUGUUGCUGUGAAGGAUCAGAAUGGUCAGUUGCAAAUUGUGGAUGAUGAUCUCUUGGAGGACCCUGCUGUAAUAAGCGCCAUAGACGAGGAGACGGAAUUUAAUGCCUUGGUGGAAGAAGAGGCUGCUCUUCUUGAAUCAUUAUUAGGGAAAAGAUAAUCAGGUUGCUGGUUGGAUCUGCCAAUUCAUCCCCCUCAUUUUUGUGCUAAUAUUUGUUCUGUUAAGGAAUGAAGCAGUGCAGAUUCAUGUUUUGCAUGAAUCUUUCCAUCUUGCAUGCUAUUGCUGGCUGUGUGCGUGUGCGAGAGAGAGAGAGAGAGAGAGAUGCUACUGAUUGAUGCAUGAUGAAGAUGCAAGACUACUGGCCUAUUUGGUGCAACUUAGAGCAUCUCUAACGCUUAUGCAAAUUAUUAUUAUUUUUUUAUAUCAAAUUUGAGUAAAAGUUUGAUUUGAAA